AACUCUGCGGUUCUUUUUAAGUCAUUUGGAGCCGUACAGUUUGUAAGAUAAGGGGAUUAGAUUUAGAGAGAGAAAGUUCUGGAGAGAGAGUAGGUGAGGAUUGGGUUUGGUCUUCGAAACCCUACUUUUGGCUGGAAGCCCUAGCGUUUGUUUCUCGAGAAAAUCCUGAUCGUCGAUUUUCUCGCAAAAUUUAGGGUUUUUCUUAAAAUUUUUUGGGAUUCUUUGUCGAUUCUUUGUGCGUAUUGGAACUCUAGCUCGAAUCGAUCUGUGUUGUGGGAAGAAUCGGUGAGGAUCGGGUUAGGGUUUCGGAGUUACAUGUAUGGCUUCGGGCCCUAUAGUCGAUGGUGGUGGCGGUGGCGGAGGUGAUGGUUCUCGAGAGAAGAAAAGAUGGCAAGAAAGCAAGGUCUAUACCAGAAAAGCCUUCAAGGGUCCCAAGGCUACUGCUCCACCCACCCCCACCGACACAGCCACCACCGCCGCGCUCGCCACAGCCACAGCCACAGCCACGGCCGCCACCACAGCCCCAAACAACAGCGAUAACAACAGCACCCCUCAACAGCCCGUUCAAGCCGUAGCUUCCGAACACGCGAACUCGUCUCAGCAACCGCGCGAGAUCAACGCAGAAACUGCGGUGUCGGACGAUUCGUCGAGCCUCAGCCGGGCACAUCUCGCAGAGCCCAGUUCCAUCGAGGCUCCUCCGGCUGGAAACGGGGCCGUUAAACCUGGUAUUUCGAGAUUGGAAAAUCGAAUAAAGAUCAAUCUGGCGACAAGGUCGAAGCAAGAGACGCGGGAGCUUCGAAGGAAGCUGCAGACUGAGCUUGAUUUGGUUAGGUCUUUAGUGAAGAAGAUUGAAGCCAAGGAUGUGUUGGGAAGUGAGGGCGGUGUUGUUGAUGAUAGUGUGGCGAAGAGAGUUAGUUCGGAAGUGGCAUCGGUGAAUGAGUCUAGACCUUUACAACAGUCAAGACCUUUGCAACAAUCGAGGUCUUUCCCACAGGCGAAAUCUUUGUCACAGUCGAGGCCUUUGCACCAGCUAAGUAUAUCUGUCAUAGAGAAUAGUCAGGGUGGGAGUGAUGUCGUGGAGAAAGAGAAGAGAACACCCAAGGCGAAUCAGUUUUAUCGGAAUUCAGAGUUUCUUCUUGGUAAAGAGAAGUUCCCCACCGAGAGUAACAAGAAGACGAAAUUGAAUGGAAAGAAGCACGGGGGAGUAGAACCAGGAUAUGGGUCUGCAAUGAACAAGUGUUUUAAGAAUUGUGGUGCUUUGCUUGAGAGGUUGAUGAAGCACAAACAUGGUUGGGUUUUUAAUAGCCCAGUUGAUGUAAAAGGUCUUGGUUUGCAUGACUAUUUUAGUAUUAUCACGGAUCCAAUGGAUUUAGGUACUGUGAAAUCUAGGUUGAACAAGAAUUGGUACAAGUCACCGAGAGAGUUUGCAGAGGAUGUAAGACUUACUUUUCACAAUGCUAUGACAUAUAAUCCGAAAGGGCAAGAUGUUCAUGUAAUGGCAGAGGUGUUAUCAAAGAUAUUCGAGGACAAAUGGGCAGUCAUAGAGGCUGAGUAUAGUCGGGAAUUGAGGCUUGGAUAUGAAUAUGAAAUGGGUCUUCCUACACCUACAUCAAGGAAACUACCUGCCCCACCACCAAUGUUGCCCUCACAUGAAAUGAGAAGGGUGUUGGAUAGAUCGGAAUCAAUGACAUAUGCAGUUGACCCCAAAAUUAAACCCAUGAAUUAUACUCCAUUAGUCAGGACUCCUUCUUUGAAGAAGCCCAAGGCCAAGGAUCCCAAUAAAAGGGACAUGACUUUUGAGGAGAAGCAGAAACUCAGCACAAACCUUCAGAAUUUACCUUCAGAAAAGUUGGACAAUAUUGUACAUAUUAUCAAAAGGAAUAAUUCGGCCCUCUGCCAAGACAAUGAUGAAAUUGAAGUGGACAUUGAUAGUGUUGAUGCAGAGACUCUAUGGGAGUUGGACAGGUAUGUUACGAAUUACAAAAAGAGUCUGAGCAAGAACAAGAGAAAAGCUGAACUUGCUCAGGCCAGAGCAGAAGCUGCCCGGAAAAUCCAGGAAAGGAAUCCUGUCCCAGUUGUGACAGAGGCAGCAAGAGAAACUAAUAUAGAUGAAAGGAAUAUUUCCUCCUCAUCUCCAGUACAAGGAGAAAAGCAAGGAGAGAAUGUAAGUGGUUCGAGUAGUUCAAGCAGCUCUGACAGCGACUCUGGAUCCUCUUCAAGUGACUCCGAUAGUGAAACUUCGUCAGCUGAUGGAUCUGAUGCUAGGCCUUCACCUAGGACUUGAUUGUAUUCAGUUAAGUUAAGCAGCCUUCUAGAGGGAUAAAACACCUGUCAAGAAUGUGUUGGCCAAAGUGAAAGGUGAGAAGGUUGGAGAGAAUGAAAUUAGCCUGCAUGAAGAGUCUCAGGUGGAGAACCGGAGAUUUUGGAGAAUGAGAUUCUGAAUUGGAUAGUUUCAAUGUAUAGGACAGAAUCAUUUCCAUUUUAUGAUGAGCUCUAGGGCACCUUUGUAGGAAAACUAGCUUGCUAAUGUCUAGUCGUCUUCCCAUAUCCUUCUAAUCUUACCCACCUAACCCCAUUUGCACCAUAACUCCAAUGGGUGAGGAGGAGGAGAUUCCUAAUGUUUUUUCUUAUGUAAAAAGGGAGUAAAAUUUUCCCAUGUAUUCUUGUGGGUGGCAGGAGCUGUAAUUGUUCAUCUUUUUUAUAUUGUGUUUGUAAUGUAAGAUUUUCCCCCAAGUCUUCUUCACAUUCUGUGAUGAAACAUUUUGGCGAUCAAACUAAACUCUAGUUCUGUCACCUAA